AUGGAUCUGGAUGCGAUCACAGCUGACAUGCUGUCCGAGUGGGAGACCCACGAGACCGCUUUUGGAGAAAGCCCGGAGUCCCUCCAGUCCAACUCGGAGUCCUCCAUAGACUGCAUGUGCUCCUCGCCGGAGAUGUGCUACUCCGGCGAGAACCAGGAGAGCAAGGACUUCUCCUUUGAGUUUUCCGCGCGUAAAAUGACUUCGGCGGUGCAGCCGAGGCAAACCAAGACGAAGAUGUCCACCAAAAGACGCAUGAAGGCCAGCGAGCGGGAGAAGAUGCGCAUGAGGAGCCUUGCGGAGGCGCUGCACCAGCUCCGGGACUACCUGCCGCCGGACUACAGCAAGAGGGGACAGCCGCUGACCAAGAUACAGACGCUGAAAUACACCAUUGAAUACAUCAACAAGCUCUCAGACAUCCUGGGACGCGCGUAACGGGCGCGCGGCGGAGCGCUUUUACGCGCCACGUUCACUCUCAUCUGGACAUUUUAAGUUAGAAACUGACAAGUUUUGACUUGAUCGUCUUAUUUAACAUCAGAGAUUGUUCCGUGUCCUGCUUCCG